GCUGGCGACGACGCCGACCACGACAUCUUCGUCGACGCCCUGACCCGGAGGGCGGAAUCAUGAUCGACGUUGAGGUCGACGUCGAGCUGGUCCCAGCUCUACAGGCUGUACCAGUGGAAGGCGAUAUGCCUGACGACGCAGUCCUUGUGUUUGAGCCGGAUGAUGUACUUCUUGUGGACAUACCCGUGGAUGUCGAGGGGGUUCAAGUUGUGGAGGUGGCGCACCUGGAUGGUGGAAAUGGUGAUCAGCAGCAAGCCAACGAAGACGAAGACGAAGCCGAAGGCAUCGAAGAAGAGCUGAUUGAAGCUGCGAACAACUUCGAGAUACACGCUUUCAUCAACCGUCCCGCGCCUCCCGGCCGCCAAAUUUGCUGCUGCGAGUGCGGGCCGUGCGGCAUUUCUGAACUUCUGCUGUUCCUUUGGCUAGUCUUUGGUGUGGCAAUACUGCUGUUUCAGGGGCGAUACAAAGGCGAGUCACUUCCGGGCGGAGUGGCGAACACCAGUUCCUCCAAGAGCACAGCGCUGGUCCCAUUUUAUCAUCUACAUGUUCUGCCUCCGCAGGAGUUUGCUAUCCGUGGGAGAAGCCCAAUGACCUUGACGAGGCGGCUAUGCAUUGCUUCAUCCUCCUCAUACGCCAAGCAACCCUCAAAUGCUUUGUUUCAAGGCAUGGCAAGUACACUGAUGGAGAGUGUGGAGACAAGUGCUUCGAGAGCUUGGUCAGGGAGGCUGUACUUACCUGCUCCGAGGAUCAAAAGAAAACCUAUGAUGGCGUGCCCCCCACCUGAUCUAGGAGAGAGCCCAGGUUGCACGUUCUACGCUAUGGAGUUCACAGAGGAGAGUGCCGAUGAUGCGUACGUGUCGCUGCUAUGGAGUUUAAUGAAGACAUAAUUAGUACUAUUAAUAUGUGGGGUUAAGUACUAUUAAUAUGUGGGGCUAAGUACUUUGUUAUGUGGGAUUAGCACUAUAUGACAUUC